GCCAGUGAACAUUAAGCGGAGCAGACCAAAAUCCCAAACAAGGAAAUGGUGGGGGAAUAAAACGACCAUAUUAUUUAAUUAAUGCAUGUUAUAAUUAAUAUUUUAUUUUAUUGUAAAUUAAGAAAUAUUUAUGUGUGAAAAUGGAUUACGACUUCAAAACAAAGCUCGCAGCCGAACGAGAGAAGGUAGAAGAUCUGUUCGAAUAUGAAGGUUGCAAAGUGGGUCGAGGCACCUACGGGCACGUUUAUAAAGCUAAGCGCAAAGACGGGGAAGAUGAGAAGGAAUAUGCACUGAAACAAAUUGAAGGCACAGGAAUAUCGAUGUCUGCUUGCAGGGAAAUCGCUCUGUUACGAGAACUGAAACACCCCAACGUGAUCGCCCUGCAGAAAGUGUUCCUGUCUCACAGUGACAGAAAGGUGUGGCUCCUCUUUGACUAUGCUGAGCACGACCUCUGGCACAUCAUCAAGUUCCACCGUGCCUCCAAGGCCAAUAAAAAGCCCAUGCAGCUGCCGAGAGGCAUGGUCAAGUCUCUCCUAUAUCAGAUUCUGGACGGGAUCCAUUACCUCCAUGCCAACUGGGUGCUUCACAGGGAUCUGAAACCAGCCAACAUUCUGGUUAUGGGGGAGGGCUCAGAACGAGGGCGAGUGAAAAUCGCUGACAUGGGCUUCGCCAGACUCUUCAACUCUCCUCUCAAACCCCUGGCAGACCUUGACCCCGUCGUGGUGACAUUCUGGUACAGGGCCCCUGAGCUUCUGCUAGGGGCCAGACAUUACACCAAAGCAAUCGACAUUUGGGCGAUUGGCUGCAUCUUUGCGGAGCUGCUGACAUCGGAGCCCAUAUUCCACUGUCGCCAGGAGGACAUUAAGACCAGUAACCCCUUCCACCACGACCAGUUGGACAGGAUAUUCAGUGUCAUGGGCUUCCCAGCAGAUAAAGAUUGGGAAGACAUCAGGAAGAUGCCAGAGUACCCCUCCCUUCAGAAAGACUUCAGGAGAACGACGUAUGCAAAUAGCAGUCUAAUCAAAUACAUGGAGAAACAUAAAGUCAAACCUGACAGCAAGGUUUUCCUGUUGCUCCAGAAACUCCUUACAAUGGACCCCACUAAAAGGAUUACGUCUGAACAGGCACUACAGGACCCAUAUUUCCUGGAGGAUCCCUUACCAACCUCAGAUGUAUUUGCCGGAUGUCAGAUACCUUACCCAAAACGAGAGUUUCUAAACGAAGAUGAGCCAGAUGAGAAAACAGAGAAGAACCAGGUCCAACAGCACCAGCAGAUGACAGCCCAGGCCCAGGCCCAGCAGCAGAGUGGCACCCAGCAGGCUUCUAACCAGCAGAGCUCCACCCAGACCAACGGCAAUGCAGGGGCCACUGGACCCAACGCCGGGGGAGGCCUCCAGCACGGCCAGGACCAGGGGCCCCCCAACAAGAAAUCUCGCACCGGGCCCUCAGGAGCCUCCUCAGGCACUGGGAUCCACCAGCACUCCAGCUCCCGCCUUGGAUACCAAAGCAACGUCCGAGGUUCCACUCAGUCCCAGGGAUACUCGUCGUCAUCCCAGCAGAGCUCACAGUACUCACACCAGUCACACCGCUACUGAGGCUCUUAGAACAGGCCAGGGGCCUCUCCCAAACCAACCCUCGACCAAAAACAAACCUUAGCAUAACCUCUCACCUCCCUCUGGCCAAGGUAUUACUGACUCCUCAUCCUGAUCAGACCUCAUUAUGUGUCAGAUAAUUCCAACAACACAACAAUCACUCAUUAUCCGCCUUCAUGUCAGCCCUACUACACUGACUAACCCUGGCCUCACUUCCACCCAAUGUCCUCACACUUACCCACCCGAGGGUAAUAUGAAGGCCAACUCAACAUAGGAACCAAAAACAAACCCUGCCUCCUUGAGGGGUAGGACAAUUUUUUUUAUCAUCAUCAAGUGGCAAAAUCGAUUGAUACUAGAUUAUAAGAAGGAAACACGUCAGGUGCAACUCACUACACACGCCUACUACACAAAGACUAAGAACCAUGACACUUACAAAAAACAUGUUCUUCAAGAGGAAGAAUUGCAGCUCUGUUCAUAUAUAAAUAUAUACUACCUUUUUUUCUUUGUUUAACAAGAGACUUGUUUUUGCUUGUUUUUUAUGUAGAGUUUGUUUACUUUGAUUGUGGAUGUUUUUGUAAAUAUUGUUCGAUAUAGAAGAAGAUGGGAUGAAACAGGAAAAUAGCCCUUUACUGUCAUCACUUUUCUUCACUGUACAGUUGUUUACCCUGGAUAUCUUUUACAUCCAGAUCGAAGCAAAAGGAAGAAAAUGAGCCAAUCCUUUCCUGAUGACAAAGAUCUUCUUCUGAGAUCUUCCCCCUGGCUUGGAAAUACAUUUGUACAGAAGAAAGUUAGCUCUUAAGCUGAUGUGAUUGCAGGGAAUUACGAAAUACACUAUUUUAUCUUAAUCUUGUUAUAAAAACGUUUGUUUUCUAAUUUUAAGCCUUUUGUUUUUCUAGAUUUGUAGUCUGAAAGUCUGCAUUGGAAGGAACCUUUUAUCAGCCUUUCUUCAGUCUGCAGCAAGUUAUGUAAGCAUCUCUAGGUACCCCAUGUCGCCUGACCGAUAACAACUACCAAGCUACUGUUUUACUAUGAGUCAUGUCCAUCAAGGAAACAUUUGUUGGUGAAUCUGAAUGUUCUCCUUUCUGGCCAGAGGUGUUUGAGUGUGUGUGAGAUGCUUGUUGUGGACACCUUGGGUUGACAGGUCUUACCAUGGACACAGACGUCACUGAAGGUGUGUGUCAUCAUCAUAUACUGCAGCUAACAGUGUGUAUGUUCCUGAGACAGUUACUGCCUGAUAGUUUUUUAUUUUCCAUGUGUUUUUCUAGCUUUUAAUGUUUCAUUAUUGCCCUUUACAUGUGCAGUUUGUAUUUCCUCUUAUUCAGUCAAAGGACUGCACUGUUGAACAGCUCUUUAAAGACCUGGAACAAAUCUGGGAAGUCUUGCGCCCCAGCCUCUUCAACUCCACACCCCUGGUAUUAACCCAGGUAGAAAAAAUGGUUUCUUAUAGUACUUAUCCUGUGAACUAGUUGACUGGAUCUGCACUGUGUGUGUGUUUGUGUGUGUGUGUGUGUGUGUGUGUGUGUGUGUGUGUGUGUGUGUGUGUGUGUGUGUGUGUGUGUGUGUGUGUGUGUGUAUGUGUGUGUGCGAUUGUGUGCGUGUGUGUGUGCGUGUGUGUGUGCGAUUGUGUGCGUGUGUGUGUGCGUGUGUGCUUGUGUGCGUGUGUGCUUGUGUGCGUGUGUGUGUGUGUGUGCCCAAACACCCCGAGAGACUGUAGAUGGACAUUGCAUAAGACAGCCACUUCAGCUUCUUCUGUGACUAGGUAAGGGAUGUGGAAACAUUGACAUCUAGUGGCUAUUGACAGAACGGGACCUCUUGUUCAGUGAUCGUGAACAUGUAUUGUGUUCAGUUAAUGUCACAAGGAUCAAGGCAAUCUUUAUCAAGACCGUGCAUUACGAUUCUUUAAACUGCCUUUUGUGAUGUUCAGAAACACAAGUCGUGUUCAACUGGGAUAUGUUGACGAUGAUGAUAAUCAACACUGUCCUUUUGUAGCCAAAGGAGAGAGACUCUUAUUUUGUUUUCUAUAGUAAGAAAAUAUUCACAGAAACAAUACAAGGUACUAACAUGUAUUGAACAACUGAUCGACUGCUCUCUGUGAAGCUGUUUGCUUCUGACAGUGAUACUGCACAGUUCUUCAGCGUUUGAUUUGUCUGUCAUCUCUGACUCAGUAAAACAGGUGGAUUUAGAGAGCCCCUCGUAUUGAGAGAUCUGCUGUUGAUCAUCAUCUGUCUGUCUAUCUGUCUGUCUCCUUCUCUCUUCUCACAGACCAGAUUUCUUUCUCAGCACUCCCAGGUUACUGAAGUACAGUAUGUCUUAUGUGUGUCGUGGUGAAUGCCAAAACACUAGAUGAACAAAAGGGACUGCUCCCUUCUUGUUCAAGAUGAGUUCCUAACAGUCGCCCAGAAUGUUUUCCAUAUCGGACUGGCUCUCUAUUUGAUGCUGAUACAUUGUACUGUAUUGGUUUGGGUUUGAGUUUCUCUUUUCUAUUUUCCGUAUGAUCUGGCAGGCACACAGGCCCAGUGGAUUAACAACAGCCUUCCCAGAACAGUGGUGUUUACUCGGGAACAAAACCAGCAGCUAUUGAAAGUUGUUUCUUUCUUUUAUUCUAUUGGCGCAUAUCUGAAGUAUAGUUGAAGAGCAUUGAGAAUACAUUAGAUACUGUUUCUCAAUUUAUCUCUACACAAGCGAGGUAUCAAAAGUAUUAUUCAUUGUGAGGCUCCAACAAGUGAUAGUGGGGCAAAUAACUGUUAAACAGUUCCUAUGCAAAAUCAAAGAGAAUGGUGCGAUGCUUAAAUUUUACUAUGAGAGCAUGAGAGUUUUCUUAAGGUUUUUAAAAUUAGAUAUCCAUUUCCACAUCGUAAUUCUAAUGUUGAACAUCGUAAUUGAAGAAGGCAUUCACUUGUUUCUUACAGCAUUGUUAAUUGUACUCUACAUUAAAUAUUGUAAAGAAAUAUGAACUAUAUGGAUGGUAUAUGGGUCGUUCCACAAGUGCCUUUUGCGUCCCUGUGAUAUUUUAAGUAGAAAUUCUGCACCAAUUUUGAAUUUUAAAAGCCUGCUAUAUUAAAUGAAGUGCCCUUUAAUAUAGACCACAUGUAGAAUUCAAUCCAAUCUGAUUAUUAUAUGAAUAAAGGCUUGCUAAAGUGCGAAGAUCCUGUAUUUUGACAUGUCCCUCAGUCAACCCUGUGUCACUUAUAGGAAGAUUUCAACCCACUUAAUCCCAACAUUUCUCCAAGUUUCACCACUAUUGUAAAGCCCUAGUUAUUUUGUUGCUUUGACAAAGUCAUUUCUGAAGAUUAUUAUUUAUUUCAUGUGAUUAGUUAUUCAUUUACAUCUCUCCCUCAUUUUAAGGUCAACCCUGUUAUGUGAACUCAACUCUAUUUUUAAUAUGGUGAAACUAUUCCUUCUCAAAACAAACAUUGAACAUCUAAUAGUCAAAUCAUAGUGUAAAAUCAGGUGAGCUGGUUCUACUCUUUUUGGCCAUUUUCUGUUGUUUUGUGGUGGAAAACUGAGCUGUCGAGCAUAAAAGUCAACCCUGUUACCCGUAGAUAUACAGACUAGAAAUGUUUUAGCAAUUUCUUAUUUUUUUGUGAAGCUUGCAUUUAAUUGCCACUCCACAUGCACACAACAUGAUUCCAUUCCCCCUGUCACGAUGGGAUUUAUGGCUGAUUUAAGAUGAUAUUGUCAACUAUGUUACAGUCAACCGUGUUACUUUAUUUGGAACUUAAUAGGCACUUGCUAUAGUAAUUGUUUUUUAAAUUUAACCUCUUGAGAUGGAAAACAUAUUUUUUUAUGAAGUUGGACAUGUGCUCUCUAUGACAGAAUGUUAAAAUUAGGUGAAAUCCCCCCAAAAUUUGGACCAAGUUACACUUCUCAAAUGGCACCAAGUUGGUGGAACAACCCAUACAUUAUACAAUCAUACAGUUGAAGUCGGAAGUUUACAUACACUUAGGUUGGAGUCAUUAAAACUCAUUUUUCAACCACUCCACAAAUUUCUUGUUAACAAACUAUAGUUUUGGCAAGUCGGUUAGGACAUCUACUUUGUGCAUGACAUAAGUAAUUUUUCCAACAAUUGUUUACAGACAGAUUAUUUCACUUAUAAUUCACUGUAUCACAAUUUCAGUGGGUCAGAAGUUUACAUACACUAAGUUGACUGUGCCUUGAAACAGCUUGGAAAAUUCCAGAGAAUGAUGUCAUGGCUUUAGAAGCUUCUGAUAGGCUAAUUGAAAUCAUUUGAGUCAAUUGGAGGUGUACCUGUGGAUGUACUUCAAGGCCUACCUUCAAAUUCAGUGCCUCUUUGCUUGACAUCAUGGGAAAAUCAAAAGAAAUUCUCAGAAAAAUUGUAGACCUCCACAAGUCUGGUCCAUCCUUGGGAGCAAUGUCCAAACGCCUGAAGGUACCACGUUCAUUAGUACAAACAAUAGUAUGCAAGUAUAAACACCAUGGGACCACGCAGCCGUCAUACCGCUCAGGAAGGAGACGCGUUCUGUCUCCUAGAGAUGAACGUACUCUGGUGCGAAAAGUGCAAAUGAAUCCCAGAACAACAGCAAAGGACCUUGUGAAGAUGCUGGAGGAAACAGGUACAAAAGUAUCUAUAUCCACAGUAAAAACGAGUCCUAUAUCGACAUAACCUGAAAGGCCGCUCAGCAAGGAAGAAGCCACUGCUCCAAAACCGCCAUAAAAAAGCCAGACUCCUGUUUGUAACUGCACAUGGGGACAAAGAUUGUACUUUUUGGAGAAAUGUCCUCUGGUCUGAUGAAACAAAAAUAGAACUGUUUGGCCAUAAUGACCAUUGUUAUGUUUGGAUGAAAAAGGGGACGCUUGCAAGCCGAAGAACACCAUCACAACGGUGAAGCACGGGGGUGGCAGCAUCAUGUUGUGGGGGUGCUUUGCUGCAGGAGGGACUGGUGCACUUCAAAAAAUAGAUGACAUUAUGAGGAAGGAAAAUUAUGUGGAUAUAUUGAAGCAACAUCUCAAGACAUCAGUCAGGAAGUUAAAGCUGGCUGAUUUCUUUUGAUGUAUGUAAACUUCCGACUUCAACUGUAUACAGUACCAGUCAAAAAUGUGGACACACCUACUCAU